AAGAGUGUAUUUGAAGUUGUAGUUCUCGGACAUAAACACAGAACACAGAAUCAAUAUGAAGACUCGUGGUUCCGCCAAAAUCUCUGUAAAAUGGGUUCCAAUUUUCUCUGUAUUUUCCUUCAUUCUUGGAAUGAUCAUAACAACCAGGUCACUAUAUCUUGAUCGUCUUAACUUUUUUCUUCACACAAUUUUUAUUCGAUUCUUCUCUGUUCACUGGUCCUGUUUAUUUUAUUUUGUUAAACUGAAAUACUGAAGUUCCUAAACCCUAAACCCUAAACCCUAAAUAUCCACAAAUCAAACUGUUAAAUAAAAAGAGUGUAUUUGAAGUUGUAGUUCUCGGACAUAAACACAGAACACAGAAUCAAUAUGAAGACUCGUGGUUCCGCCAAAAUCUCUGUAAAAUGGGUUCCAAUUUUCUCUGUAUUUUCCUUCAUUCUUGGAAUGAUCAUAACAACCAGGAUGUGGGAGGCACCUGAGUCUAAUGGGGUGCUUAUGUCAAAUCAUCGACGCGACCAAGAACUGCAAGUGGUGACAGGGGAUUGUGCCACUAAAAAGGAUAAGGAUGUAAUGAGUGAAGUGUACAAAACCCAUGAGGCCAUUCACGGUGUCAGAUCUCUGGACAAGCAAAUUUCCAUCCUUCAGAUGGAGCUAGCAGUGGCAAGGAGUGGCAGAGAAUCUGAAAUCUCAGAUGGUUCGGCUAACACCUUGGCCACAGGAUCCUCCAUUGAAGACCCUUCAAGGAAGAAGAUGUUUCUAGUGAUUGGCAUAAACACUGCUUUCAGUAGCAGGAAGCGGCGUGAUUCUGUCAGAGAGACUUGGAUGCCACAAGGGCAGCAGCUUCUUCAACUGGAACAAGAGAAGGGAAUUAUCAUCAGAUUCAUGAUUGGUCACAGUGCAACUUCUAACAGCAUUCUUGAUCGAGCUAUUGAUUCAGAAGAAGCUCAGCACAAAGAUUUCCUUCGCCUGGAACAUGUUGAAGGGUAUCAUGAAUUGUCUGCAAAGACAAAAAUUUUCUUUUCUACUGCAGUUGCAAAAUGGGAUGCUGAUUUCUUUGUCAAAGUGGAUGAUGAUGUCCAUGUCAAUUUAGGUGUACUUGCAACAACCCUUACUCGUCAUCGUUCAAAACCCAGGGUGUACAUUGGAUGUAUGAAAUCUGGACCUGUUCUUUCACGAAAGGAUGUUAAGUAUCAUGAACCUGAGUUUUGGAAGUUUGGAGAAGAGGGUAACAAAUACUUCCGACAUGCAACUGGACAGAUAUACGCAAUCUCUAAGGAUCUAGCCACCUACAUUUCCAUUAACCAGCCAAUAUUGCACAAAUAUGCCAAUGAAGAUGUGUCACUUGGUGCAUGGUUCAUAGGUCUAGAAGUUGAGCACAUAGAUGAGCGCAGCAUGUGCUGUGGAACUCCUCCAGACUGUGAGUGGAAGGCACAAGCAGGUAACAUAUGUGUUGCAUCCUUUGACUGGAGCUGCAGUGGAAUAUGCAAGUCCGUGGAGAAGAUAAAAUAUGUGCACUCAAAGUGUGGUGAAGGGGAUGGAGCCGUUUGGAGUGCUUUAGUUUAGGUUUGUUUUUGUGUGAGGGAAUAUAUAUAAGAUAAUUAGUACUAUUAUUAUAUCAUGUAACAUAGGCCUCUUUUGUUCCUUUCACCCUUCUGCACAAUGCUUUUAAAGGUGUGCAAGGUUAGUUUUCAAUGUAGCAUGUACCCUAGAUAAAUGAAAUUAAAUGAAUUAUAGAAUCACUUUCUUUUU